AUGACAGAUGGGACAGAGGCUGGAGGGUCUCAGCCAGAGGAGUGUCAGGAACAAGUGGAAGAUGUAAAAUGGUAUAUCAACCAAGUUAUAGGAUCAAAAUGCCGACGCAAUCUCGUUGGGAGGAAGCAAAAGUGCGAUGGAUUAACACGCGCAAUUGAGACCGCGGUAUGCGUGUUUAAGGAGGAUGGAAGACGCGAACGGGAACGGAAAGGGAAGAUGGGCGAGGGAUGGGGGAAGGAUUGGGGAGGAGAUUGGGGGGGAAGGAUGAGGGAAAAGGGAAGAGGGAGAGGAGAAGAAAGAGAGGAAGGACGGCGACGACCAAGACCGUUCGGGGGAAGGAUAAAGUUAGAUUGGGUUGAGUUUGGGGGGGAGGGAGGGAGGAGGAGGGGGGGAGGGAGGAGGGAGAGAGAGAUUGGUAGCAAGUCAAGUAAUAGUGGGUUAGUGAGUGGUGGGAAGGGAAUGAGUGGGUGGUGGGAAGAUGAGGGAGGGGGAGGCGCGUUAAGAGUAGGAGUAGGAGUAGUAGUAUUGGGUGGAUGGAUGGAUGGAUGGAUGGAAUGGAUAGAUGAUGACGAUGAUGAUGACGAGAGGGAAGAGGGAGGGAAAUGGAAAGGGAAUGAGAAAAAAGAAGAGGAAGAGGAAGAGAAGAGGAAGUGGAAAGGCUGCCGUACAAUCGGCGUUAGGAACCGUAGGAACUGA